CAGAACCUGCAUAUGUACUUAGCUAACAUGUGCUGAUUAACUGAUCAUCCCGUUUUUAUAAGGAAACUGAUCACCCAACAAUCACCUUCCAUAUGAGAAGAUUUCCCUUACUUAUACCGCUUCUCUCUAUUAUAGGAUUUGCUAUAAAUCUGAGAGGACUUUCAUCAUUUCCCCAAGCUUCAGUGUGAUUUCGGGGAAGACUCAUUUGAGAAUUCCUGCUCUCUGUGGCUGGUGGGUGGAGAUCAAAGAUGGGUCUCACUGGAGAGCGGGUGAAGAGUGUCUUCUCCAGAAGCCGACCCUCCUGUCUGCACGAGACCAAUGCAAGAAGCGGUGUGGCCGAGAGGACGAGAUGGAGCGUCGUGAGAUCAUACCUGUGCGGUGACGAGUUCAAUUCAGUUCUGGCGGAGGAAGAUUCUGCUUCUGUCAAGAGCUAUGAAGCCACAAUAAGCCCCCCGUUCGUAGAAACUGAAUCAGACAUCGAUAGUAAUGGAGAGAAGGAAAGUUUGUUGGAAAAGCAAAAGAAUUCAAUGUCCAGAUUGUUCCAUGAAGACGAUGCAGCUAUCAUCAUUCAAUCAGCUUUCAGAAGAUUCCUGGCUAGGCGUAAGAACAUGGAAGAUAUAUCAGUGAGUCUGAGCGAGCAAUGUGCUGUAUCGGCAGCAGAGAGCCCAAGCAAGGACUCCAUCGGUACAUCCUUGGAAGUUCAAACAGGAAAGUCUGUGCAAGUAUUCGCAGUACAAGAUGAGAAGUUGGCCUUCAGUCACCAGAAGCAUAAACUCAGAACUCUAGUCUCAAAGCCAAAGGAAGAGUGGAACGAUAGCACAGUAAGUAGCAACAUAUCGAAAAUGAGGAUUCAAAGCAGACUGGAAGCUACAACCAGGCGUGAGAGAGCUCUGGCAUAUGCAUUCUCCCAACAGCUAAGGAUUUGUUCUAAGAAGAGGCAAGCAAGAACUGAAGGAAGAGAACCCAACAUGAGUUGGAGCUGGCUCGAAAGAUGGAUGGCAACUCGCGUUUUAGAGAGCCCAUCAGUCGGAAGUCAUGUGGACAUGCAACUUCCGCCAAGGAACAUAGUCAAGAGAAGAUUGCUUGAUGUAGCAGGAGAAGAAAUUGAAAGUUGCGGAUCUAACGAAGUAUCUGUCCAUCUCGAUGCCUUGUCAUUCAGAGCAUCAGGGGAUGGGAAGGACUUAAAACCAACUAGGAACAGGCCUAAAGCUACUAAUAAGAGAAGCGUAUCGAGGCGGAAAACAGUGCCAAGCCAACAAUGUCCAAAGGCGUAUGCAAAGGUAUCCAGGGAAGACUCACCAGAUGAUGUUCCAAGUGGAACAGACAGAAAGCGCAAGCAGCAAAUGGAAAGCAAGAACGAAAUCGAAUGCGAUGAUUCAGAAUCCUAGCAAACGCUUCCCAAAUGCAGACAACACAGCGUCCUGGUGCUGGCAAAUUAACCCAGCUAGACAAGUCAGUUCUCCGUUGGAAUGCAUCCAAGUAUAUACAGCAGUUUAAAACUGCCAGAUGCCAACCCGAAUUUUCUCUGUAAAUGCAUGAAUCAAGUGCUUUCACAUUAUCAUAUGAUUUGCUAGACAUGGGCGUUUCAUGACUGUUCUAAUAAGUUCGAUAUCAGGCCUGAACCAA